AUCCAGCGCCGGAGCUUAUCCUCCCUCGCUCACAUGCAUCAGUACUUCAACGCCGUGUAGUUUCUCAAAUCUUCGUCUUAGGGGAUUGGACAAAAAUAUUUCAGCAAUGAACAGCUUCCUGAACAUGGCCUCCAUAGGAGAUUUCGACCCGCUGAACGCCAAUAUCCCUGCCACCAAAGUUGAAAUCACGGUGUCAUGCAGAAAUCUGCUGGACAGGGAUACCUUUUCUAAAUCUGAUCCAAUUUGUGUGCUGUAUACACAAGGCAUCGGCAACAAAGAAUGGAGAGAGUUUGGGAGAACAGAAGUCAUUGACAACACCCUGAACCCAGAAUUUGUGCGCAAAUUCAUCCUGGACUAUUUCUUUGAAGAGAGACAGAACCUUCGUUUUGAUCUGUAUGAUGUUGACUCAAAGAGUGCCAACCUAUCAAAACAUGACUUCCUCGGGCAGGCCUUCUGCACCCUUGGGGAGGUGGUAGGGUCCCUGGGGAGCCGACUGGAGAAACCUCUAGUGGGCAUCCCAGGAAAGAAGUGUGGGACCAUUAUAGUCAAGGUAGAGGAGCUGAACAACUGCAGGGAGUCUGUGAUGAUGCAGUUUUGUGGGAACAAACUGGAUAAGAAAGACUUUUUUGGGAAGUCGGACCCCUUCUUGGUUUUCUACCGCAGCAAUGAGGAUGGAACGUUCACAAUUUGCCACAAGACAGAAGUGGUGAAAAACACACUGAACCCAGUGUGGCAGGCCUUCAAAAUCCCAGUGAGAGCUCUCUGCAAUGGAGACUAUGACAGGGCGAUCAAGAUUGAGGUGUACGACUGGGACCGAGACGGCAGCCAUGACUUCAUUGGCGAGUUCACCACCACCUACAGAGAGCUAUCCCGGGGCCAGUCACAGUUUAACGUGUACGAGGUGCUCAAUCCCAAGAAGAGGGGCAAGAAAAAAAAAUACCAGAACUCUGGAACGGUGACUCUGCUGUCCUUCCUGGUGGACGUCGAGGUCACCUUCCUGGACUACAUCAAAGGCGGAACGCAGAUCAAUUUCACAGUGGCAAUUGAUUUCACGGCCUCUAAUGGUAACCCGGCUCAGCCCACAUCUCUCCACUACAUGAGCCCAUACCAGCUCAACGCCUACGCCAUGGCGCUCAAAGCCGUGGGCGACAUCAUCCAGGACUACGACAGCGACAAGAUGUUCCCCGCGCUGGGCUUCGGUGCCAAGCUGCCCCCCGAUGGCAGGGUCUCCCACGAGUUCGCCUUGAACGGUAACCCACAAAACCCUUACUGUCCGGGGAUAGAUGGGGUGAUGGAAGCGUACUACCAGAGCCUAAAGUCUGUGCACCUUUAUGGACCAACAAACUUCUCACCUGUCAUUAACCAUGUUGCCAGGUAUGCUGCUUCGGUGAAGGAUGGCUCCCAGUACUUCGUCCUCCUGAUCAUCACUGACGGGGUCAUCUCAGACAUGGCGCAAACCAAGGAAUCCAUUGUCAAUGCUUCUUGUCUUCCCAUGUCCAUUAUAAUUGUGGGUGUCGGACCGGCAGAAUUUGAUGCCAUGAUCGAGUUGGACGGGGAUGAGGUCAGGAUUUCAUCGAGAGGAAGAUUUGCGGAGCGAGACAUCGUUCAGUUCGUCCCGUUCCGGGACUACAUUGACCGGACGGGGAACCACAUCCUCAGCAUGGCCCGGCUGGCCAAGGACGUCCUGGCCGAGAUCCCCGACCAGUUCCUGUCCUACAUGAGGACCAGAGGCAUCAAGCCGUCACCCGCGCCCCCUCCCUACACACCCCCGGGACACCCCCUGCAGACGCAGAUCUGACGGGCACCCCCCUCGUACCUCUCGGAGUGGCUGAGUGUUGCUGGGGAGGGGUGUACCUCCCACCUGUCUAUCUCUCUCUCUGUCAUUGCACUAUGGAGAUAGGAAAAGCUCUCAGAAUAGGCUGAAGGCAUGUUUACUUUCAUUUUGAGCAUUCUUCUGACAGGACUCUGCUUUCUCUGGAAGGCCUUUGGAACCCAAGGCCACCGGUCAUCUCAGCUGGUCGGCAUGGUGAAGGACAUUUCAGAGCUGCUCUGCAAGCCCAGGACUGUUCAGGAGCACUGGGAGAAAAAGGGUCUGCCUCACCGCUGGAGCCAGAUUCCCUUGUCUGUUGUAAAUAACUUUGGAACCGUGCUUCUUCCUCCUCUUCGUCUCUCCUGUUCUCUUUGUCUCUCAGACUCUCUCUCUCUCUCUCUCUCUCUCUCUCUCUCUCUCUCUCUCUCUUUCUCCCUCUUUCUCUCAUCACUUCUAAUCUCUUGGACCCUCUCUCUCUCUCUCUCUCUCAUAUCACUCUUAGUCUCUUGGACCCUCUCUGUCACUCUCUCACUCUCUCUCCUGCUCUUCCUCUCACACACUCUCAAUGUUUACAUGUCAAUGAUGAUUUUUACAGUUGGAUACUUUUAUAAGCCUUCUUUAAAUAUGAAUUUUGGAAUAUUGACUCUCCUGGUGUGUUGUUUUUGCAGCAGGUAUUUGGUAGCUGUGAUUCUGGCAGUAAAUGGUACAGUAGUGUUAAAACAGAGCAUGUGCUGUUGUACUGCACUCACAGACAGUUGUGUAUUCAGCCUUGCAGUGUGUUGUUUUACCACGUUAAAAACUCCUUUGCUGUCUUACUGCCUUGACAUGAAGAUCACUUAGUAUCACAGCAUUCUUCCACCCCUACAAACAGUAGUAAUUCAACCGGCCUUAUGAUCCAUUUUAUUUCAAAACAGUAGAUGCAGCUUUUUGAAGCAAGGGGCCCAACUAUCAAAAACAUAAAAGCUUUUAUUAAUUUAUCAAAGUAUGUGUUUUUGAUGCCAUUGAAAACUGUAAUAUAGUAUUGGUUAAUAUAUUAUUUCACUACAGUGAUCAGAUAUAUUGAUUUAUUAAGUUGCAAAUAUGAAGGCUUGAGUGUCUCAAAGUUGCCAAAAAAGUUUUUGUUCAGUUCUUUAGCAUGUGUCUGGUGGCAUGCUUUGUUGAACAGUGACUUAGCAGAUGUGGCUGUCCCCCACGUAACUAUGCACAUACAGAAUAAUGUGAUAACAUCCCUUUGAUCAAAGUUAAAUUUUUGCAUCACUGUACCUCCAACUGGCAGCGUUUCAGUGGACCUUCGUAAAUAACCACUGGACAAAAGGAACACUCCUAAUACAUGUAAAACAGUCGGAGGUUAAUGCAGACAGUUGGCAAAUCAAUACACAUAGUUUUGCUGCUCCAUUUAAUAUUCCACAGUUACAGAUGUGUUUUCUGUUGUGUGAUCUGGUAGACAGGCCACUGAGUCUAAUAGACUGGUCAAUGCAAAGUAAAGGAUUGACAAUGCUGCCUCCAGCACACAUAGAAUGGGCUGUACAGUCCACUUCCAACGUUAGGAUUCACUUUCAGCUGGACCAGUAGGGUACACUUUGACCUCCAGCAUUAUGAUCUGUUCUUACCUCUGGAAGUUAGGUUAACCUGCUGAAUUAGGAUCUGCUCACUCCCACAGCUGUAGGUGCAUUAGGACAUACGUAUUCACUCUCACAGAUUGAUGGUGAAACAAUUCCCUCAUAUUUUUGUUGCUGAGUUUUUGUAUGUUUGCACGAUGAGAAAGGAAAGUGGACGGGAGAACCGGAAAGAGUUCCUCCAAUGAGGCAACACUUACACACUCAGGGCAUGAUGAAACAGGAAGGAGUUUCUCUGCACCAAUCACGGCCGUGCAGGGAACCUCUCAAUGUUCAAGAACUUGACAGCGUUGUCCCUUUGAGUUCUUCCUAUUCAAUUUGUGUGUCAAUGUAGUGCUUAUGUAGCUGCAUUGAAAUUGGUUAAAAAGAAAAACCUUAAUGCCACAUUCACACGUUCACGCACAUGUACUCACGUGCACACACACACACGCACACACACAUUACAUAUGAAUACAUUCUAAUAUUACAAUCAUAUGCAAAACACACAUGAAGCUAUAUUGAAAAAACUAAAAAAUGUUUAUCUUCAUAGCGUAGAGUACAGUGCAUAGCUCAGCCACUCCAUGGUACAUCAAUCAACUAAUUUAUCUCAUUAGAUCUCAUUCACCAUCAGUCUUAAUCGCAUCAAUGCAAUCUUUAUAGUGUAAUAAAUAGUCACAUUUACAUGGUGCAGAGGCAAACUGGGGUGUUGGCUUUGUGCUUCUGUGCCAAAUGAACAAAUUCUUUGCUCUUAGGCUACAUCAUUAGCCCUCGGUAUUGUUUCGACCAUAAUGUGAAAACGUGAGGUCGAAUAGAGAAAGGUAACUAACAUGUUCAUGUAUAAGCAUUGGAAGGCCUGGGUGUUCCUUUGGAGGACACAUUCUUUCUCAUCUUUACUGCUUCCUCGGUGCCACAGAGUUUGCUCCAUAGCCAGACCCUGUGAUCUAUGAGCAAAUAUCAGCCAAUCAGGGGAUUCCGACAGCCCAUGUGACCUUGUGCACAUGAACGUUGUUUACUGAAAAUAUCCAAAUAAUCUAUUGUAUGCUUGUCAUAUCUUAUAACGUGCACUAUGUUUGCAUGUAUAGUUUUACAAGAGAUGCACCAUUUUUUGUGAGUAGCUUGUUUUAAAAAUACAAGGGGAAAAGUACAAAAUGGCCUUAAAUUUUCACUGAUUUCUUAGAUUUGUGGAAUGCCUUCAGUUGUUUAACGAAUUGUUCAAUAUUUUGUGUCGAUGUUCAGUUGCUUUGUAAAGUAUACUUUCUUUGCAUUAACCAGAUAUAUGGAAUAAAACAAUCUGUUGUACUUUUGGUGAUUAAUCAGAGAAUGCAAAACUGGACAUAGAAGAAAAAUGUCACAUGCAAAGUAUAUUCUCAUAAAGCCCUCGUGAAGCAUAUAUAAUACAUUCAUUAUUGUGUAUAUGUGUUCUUUAUGUAGGAUGACAUUGCAUGUAUUAUGUAAAAUGUUAUUCUCAAAUGUGACAUACAGUCAUCUCCAAACUUAGUGACUGAUCUUGAAGGAUCUUAAAAGAGUCUAUAUGGAGGGUUGGUCAAAGAUUCAAAAAGACAUUCACCAGUCCAUUAAACACUGUUGAAGAUGACUUAAUGUUGUUAUCUUCGGAUAAAAUUACUUAUACAUUUUUUUUUUUAAAUUUUGAAUGAAAUAAAUCAUCCAAUAUUUUUUAUUAGAAAAUAUAUUUAUUUACCUGUGUUGUUAAUUUUCUCAGCCUUUUUUUGCUCAUUUUUAUUAAGAGUGCCAAUAAUUUUAGAGGUAGCCAUAUGCUUCAUAAAAGUUUUAGGGAUCUAUACUUUGGAUAAAGUGUGACCACAAAUGCCUGAUUGUCCAGUAAUGCAUUUAAAAAAUGACUAUUUAUGUAGCAGAAUAUCAAUUUUUAAAUAAACAUUCUUAAUAAAUGCAUAUUUACCUCAGA